GAAAAUGAUGCAACUGCUUUAGGUUUUCAUACAUUGCAUGAAAAAUUCUUCGUAAUUCCAAAACAACUAACAAAUGAUAGCAAUUGUGAUCCAUUGGAAAAAAAGCAAAGGGGUGCCAAAGAUCUUUGCAAUAAUGUGGUGCAUUUUUUAAAAGAAAUAGCCAAAAAGAAGGGAACAGAACAAUAUCAACUUUGUAGUUAUUUGCCAUAUUGGUUAUAUGCUGAAAUAGCGAAAUUUAAGGUAGAUAACAACGCAAAGAUUAGCACUAUAUCUUUUAUUAAAGAACUUACGGAAGCGGUGAAAAAGGCUAAAAAUGGCAUUUCUGGAUAUAAGUGUAAUGUUUCACUUUAUGAUGCUAAUAUUACUUUAGAUGAAUGGAAAAUAAGGAAGUUUUUGUAUAUUUAUUUUAAAAAAUUUGAUGAACUUAGCCGUGAUGUCAAUCGCACGAAUAACGACAAAUGCAGUAAGCAUAAUAAAUAUCUUAAUAGCAUUAAUUCAUUAUAUAAAACGUAUUACACGAAGUUAGGAUGUGGGGGGUGGUUUUGGAGUAUUGGUCCUGAUUACUUUCCAUGUAGUUCUUCGUAUAACCCUAACAAACUUUUACCUAAAGUAACAACGUGUAAAGAUCAAUCACCUAGUCGUAGUACUUUACUUUCAUUUUUGCCUUUUUGGGGGAGCUCGAGUUCAUCGCAUUCAUCAUCUUCAAGCCAGGCAAGUACAGGGAAUCCAGCUUCUUCAGAUGUUCCUAAGGAUGGACCAUCAAAACCUGUAGCAGGUUCAGUAGGUGGCGUAUCCGCACCUGGCACGAAAUUAAAUGUUGUAAAAUCCCCAAGACCUGUAGGACCAGCAACUGUGGGACGUCUAGAUGCAACCGGAACGUUAAAUGGACGUUCUGCUUAUCCGAAUCAGCUAGAUCAAUUGUUACCUUUGCCUGACGGCUAUCCUGGCCUCCCUACACCACCUGAGGGCAGUGCCAGUUCAUUUGAUUUUCUUAAAAAAACACGUGAUAUAUUGAAAUCAGAUUAUUUUCGCCAUUCAGUCAUGGGGGUUUCAGUAAUUGGAGUACUUAUCUUCUUUUACUUUUACUUUAGUGUAAGUUAA